AUGAGGCUGAAGAGUCCAACUUUCCACCUUCGGUGCCGCCCAGUGCCUUCGGGUCCGGUGAAGUCUGCCCUUGCAGACUCCAGCCCACCGGCGCGCCUCCUGGCCACGCGGCCGUGCUGUGGCCCCGGCCCUGAUCGGCGGCCGGUCCUGGGUGAGGCGCCACGUUUCCACGCACAGGCCAAGGGCAAGAACGUGCGGCUGGAUGGCCACUCGCGCCGGGCGACGCGCCGCAACAGCUUCUGCAACGGCGUCACGUUCACGCAGCGGCCCAUCCGGCUGUACGAGCAGGUGCGACUGCGCCUGGUGGCCGUGCGCCCCGGCUGGAGCGGCGCGCUGCGCUUCGGCUUCACGGUACACGACCCGUCGCUCAUGAGCGCCCACGACAUCCCCAGGUAUGCCUGUCCCGACCUCGUCACGAGGCCCGGCUACUGGGCCAAGGCACUGCCCGAGAGCCUGGCGCUGCGGGACACCGUGCUGGCCUACUGGGCGGAUCGCCACGGCCGCGUCUUCUACAGCGUCAACGAUGGCGAGCCCGUGCUCUUCCACUGCGGCGUGGCCGUGGGCGGCCCGCUCUGGGCGCUCAUCGACGUCUACGGCAUCACCGACGAGGUGCAGUUGCUCGGCACACUGCAGUCCAGCCCUGCGACCACAUCUCCGUCAGGAUCGCUCAGCGGCUCCCAGGAAGAUAGCGAUUCCGACAUGGCCUUCAGUGUCAACCAGUCCUCCUCCGCAUCUGAGUCUUCCCUCGUGACAGCCCCCAGCUCCCCGCUGAGCCCCCCAGUGUCCCCAGCAUUCUCCCCGCCAGAGCCGGCAGGCAGCAAGAACAGUGAGUGCACGGUCUGCUUCGACGGCGACGUGGACACGGUCAUCUACACGUGUGGACACAUGUGCCUGUGCCACACCUGCGGCCUGCGGCUCAAGAGACAAGCUCGGGCCUGCUGCCCCAUCUGCCGGCGGCCCAUCAAGGACGUCAUUAAGAUCUACAGACCGUAGCCCCGCCCGCUGAUGGGCCUUACCGGAGCAAGGCCACCUUUCUGAAAGCAACCCCCCUCCCAGGCCGGGCCACCACCAUGACCGGCAGGGAGUCCAAGGGCAGCGGCCAUCUCGUGUGCUACUCCCCAUUGGCAGGCAAGGCCUGGCAGUUGUGGAGAUGAGGCCCAGGGGGCCUGAGCCCAGAGAGGGCUCAAUGUGCUUUGCCCCCAAAAGGCCAGCCUAAGAAUGAGCUCAGGAACUGCCUGGCCAGUCACCCUGCCGCUUGGUGACUUUUCAGCAGGGAAACAGCGUGCUCUGUCUGUGCAGUGCUUUUUCUGGGUUUGAGUUGAGUCUGCGGGGGUGGGAGGGAGCUAGAGAACAUGAGAGAAAUAACAGAGACUGUGUGAAUGAGAGAAUGGAUGGGAGAGAGCCCAUGGGUAUUUUCUACAGGGAUCCCGCCAGGCUCCAAGAGGCAUGUGCAAUCGGGAGCUCAGGUGUUAGCGUGGCUAGAAGUGACUCACGUCCCAGGGACGUCACGUGGCUGGUUUUGAAUGUACGAAGCCUGAACCUAAACAGAACUCCCUCGGUCGGCAUAGAAAAGGGACACUCUUCAGAUUUUCCAAGGGGAGGCAAAAAUAACUCAUUGUUUACAGCUUCGAAGCAGCGGCUCCUUGGGGGGGAAGGUGGGUGGAGAACAUAAAAUGCUUUUCUCAUUUCUUACUCAGCCUUUUGGAGGAACUUGUGCCGAGUGCCGAGGGUGGGCCCGGCAGCUGGGGCCUUUCCUCCCCUGCACCCCAGCCAGCCAGCCAGCCAAGCAAAUGCACCUUGACCCGACUCUGGAAGGUGACCGGCGCCUGAGUUUGUGACACGCUUCCCCUCCCAAGGAGAAGACUAGCGACAGGUUCUCUCUUCCGGGGGAGGGAAUGAAUCCUGGGGGUAGGUGACUGCACACUUCCGGUUGUACCCCCUGGGCCUGGCACAAACCAGGGCUGUGGGCAUUCCUGGCAACCUGCAUAGGAGGCUGGGAGGAGCCAGGGCUCUGUUCUGAUUCUCAGCUUACCUGCUCUUGCUAAUUACAAAGGUGUUCGCUGAUCAUUAA